AUGGCGAAAUCACCAGAGGAACAACACCCAGUGAAAGCUUUCGGAUGGGCAGCUAGAGACCCAUCCGGUGUCCUCUCUCCCUUCAAAUUCUCCCGAAGGGCAACUGGAGAUGAAGACGUGAAAUUCAAAGUAUUGUAUUGUGGGAUCUGUCAUUCCGACCUUCACAGUGUCAAGAAUGAAUGGGGCUUUUCCCAGUAUCCUGUCCUUCCCGGGUACGAUUGA